AUGACCAGCGCGAACGGGACGCCGGCGCCGGUCGAAGAGCCUCCUCGACCAGACAUCCAUGCCGGACUAGCCUACUGGAACUCGGUCGCCCAACAGGAUCUCACAAACAAUGCCGUUCUUGGUGGUUUCGGUCUUGGUGUAAGCGCCCGUUUGUCUAAUCUGACUGAACCGAUUCUUCAUAGUUUACCGAGAGUUGAUGCGAUGGGUAGUCGGAUGUUUUUACUGACGAUCCGACCGGAGCUAUCGAAAAUAAAGCCGCCGUACCAAACCAGCCACAAUCCAUCAGGAGGAGCGGAGCAGAAAAAAAAUGGCGGAGGAAGACGAUUGUAUCGAGCGUUGGAUGUAGGAGCAGGUAUUGGGCGAGUGACGGGAGACGUACUUCUGUAUCUAUUCGACCGAAUUGACCUAGUCGAGCCCAUAGCCGGAUUCAUCGAGACGGGCAAACGGAACGCCCUGAGCGGAAAAUGGUCCCAAUUGAAGAUCUCGGACAGCGAGUCAUCCGAAAAAGCUGUCAGGUUCUGGAAAAAAUCUAUUCAGGACUUCGUCCCCUCCGAAGCUGUCGCACAUCUAUCUUCUCCCUCGGCUCCUAUCAUGAUCGCCGAUUCUUGCGCCAUCGUCGGCUCUAAAGAUGGAUGGAAUGACGGCUGUGGCUACGAUGUUAUCUGGGCCCAAUGGACUUUGGGGCAUUUAUCAGAUGAAGAACUGGUCGAGUUUUUGAAGAAAUGCAAGGAUUCAUUACGACCGGCAGCGUCUCCUCACUCGACUGACCAAUCCGACCGAGCUCUUGAACCCCCGACUUUCGAAAAAGAUGGCGGAUUGAUCAUCAUUAAAGAGAAUAUUUACAUCAGCAAAACGGAUCCAGAUGGAGACAACUUCUUAUUCGAUAAACAGGACUCUUCAUUAACUAGAUCUCAUCAAAGUUUUUUGAGGAUCUUCAAGCUGGCUGGCUUACGAUUGAUCAAACAAGAAAUUCAAAGAGGAUUUGAUCCUGAUCUUUAUAGAGUCAAUUUUUAUGCCCUUCAAUAA